GGCCUCUCCCUCUCUCACUAACCCAUUUUGCUUCUCUCUCUCUCUCUCUCUCUCUCUCUCUCUUACAGACACAGGCAGAGUUAAGUUGUGAUCUAUGGCUAAGGAGACGAAGCUGGCUGAGCAUGGGUCUUUUCCCGGCAAGGACUACCAAGACCCACCACCAGCACCACUCAUAGGCGCGGACGAGCUGACCAAAUGGUCAUUUUACAGAGCUCUGAUUGCUGAGUUUAUUGCCACUCUCCUCUUCCUUUAUAUAGGGGUCUUGACCGUGAUAGGGUACAAGAGUCAGAUUGAUCCGGACAAAAACAAUAAUAACCCAUGUGGUGGUGUUGGCAUUCUUGGGAUUGCUUGGGCCUUUGGUGGCAUGAUCUUUGUUCUUGUCUACUGUACUGCUGGUAUUUCUGGGGGUCACAUAAACCCAGCAGUGACCUUCGGGAUGUUCUUGGCUCGAAAGGUGUCACUGAUCCGAGCUCUGAUGUACAUGGUGGUUCAGUGUUCAGGAGCCAUAUGUGGUGCUGGGCUCGUGAAGGCCUUCCAGAAGUCUGACUACAAGAAGUACGGUGGUGGGGCCAACGAGCUCGCCCUCGGCUACAGCACCGGCGUUGGAUUGGCUGCUGAGAUCAUAGGAACGUUCGUUCUUGUGUACACCGUCUUCUCAGCCACUGAUCCCAAGAGAAGCGCCAGAGAUUCCCAUGUGCCUGUGUUGGCACCUCUUCCAAUUGGAUUUGCUGUGUUCAUGGUUCACCUGUCCACCAUCCAUAUCUCCGGUUCCGGCAUCAAUCCGGCUAGGAGUCUUGGGGCUGCCGUGAUCUACAACCAGAGCAAGGCUUGGGAUCACCAUUGGAUCUAUUGGGCUGGACCCUUCAUUGGUGCUGCCAUUGCUGCCUUCUACCACCAGUUUAUCUUGAGAGCUGGUGCCGUUAAAGCUCUUGGUUCAAUCAGGAGCAGUUCCCUUGUUUGAUAUCGAAAAUCCCGAGUUGUCGAAGUUAUCGUGGGUUCUAUUCCUUCUCCAUGGUUUUUGCUAGAAGUUAUUGAAAGGAGGAAAAAUGAUAUUACUAGAAAAAGAAUAAUGGAGGAAAGCUUUUGCUUGUAUGGUGGUCUGCUGCUAUGGGAGGGAUAUGAGAAUGUUUGAGAUAUGGCAAUGUAGAUGAAGUAGUCUAUGUGGGAAGGGAAAGCUUUUUGUAUCACUUUUGUUCUUAGCACUUUAACUUUGAAUGUUAUUAUUGCUCUUCAAUUUCUAAUUUUCUCCA